AUGUGGUGCCUAUUCGAGGCACACACGGAGGCCAAUGUCGGGCGCGGGGCCACCGUGCGCUUCCGUGGCUACACCCAAGCAGUCAGCCAGCACUUCGUAAAGCGGAAUGCAGGCAAGAGCCUGAAGGUCGGCGCCCGGGCUCUCAAGAGGACCCAUCGGCAUUUCGUCAGCGCGGGCAGUGUCAUGCAGGCGAUGUACAGGAUGCUCCACCUUGGGACUCCACACAAGAUCACGCAGAAGCAGUUCGAUGAGGCGGCGCUCCAGACUGGGUGCAAGGGCCUGACUGCCUUUGCGGCCCUGCCGUACGUCGACCUGUCGUGCCUCUUCACCGUCUCCACCGGCCAUGCCCUGCUGUUCGGAGUGGUCAGCGACUUUGUGGACUACACGCUGAGGUCGCUCAAAGACAUCAAGCCAGCAGACCCAGAUGCCAAGCUGGUCAUGUCUCGUGAAGCACGCCAGCGGGUCGCGGCCCGCAGCCAGUUCCUGGUCGUGACUUCGGACUUCGGGCGGCGGUACAAAUGCAUCAUGCAGUACCGCAAGAGCUACCGCAUGGAGGACUGGCUGCACUUCGUUGAGACGUUCUCCAGCUACAUCUUCAAGGGGGACGUGCUGCCCGAGGCCUUGCGGGCCCUGUGUUGGAGCCUGUGCAGCACGGUCACGCACUACUUCUGGCCGCGGCCCCCUGACGAGACCCGUGAGCAGUUCCUGGUGGCAGCCAAGGCGGCUGCAUGCAAGCUCAGAGCUUACACGACCAGGCUGGAGGAGUUGGAGGUGCCGGGCUACAUGUUCACGGUCAACCUGCAUAUCUGCGUAUGCCGGCUGUACUCCGACCUGCCGGUGGAACGCAUGAUGCAGCAAAUGAAGACGCAAGGCGGAAGGAUGGUGUCACAGGCACCCGAGAAGCACUAUGCGCAGUGGCUGUGCCUGAUGCGGGCCUCCGAGUCGCUCACUGAGGCAGACCCCGGGACCGGGGCCAAACACACGACCAACCAGCAGCUUGAGAGGAUGUUGGCACGGCGCGCAGUGAACACCGAGGCUGCCUGGUUUGAUAAACCAGGAGCCAACGGUUACCUGCUUGGACGAGGCCACAUGGUCUACCCGAGUCCAGAACGAGUGGCACAAGUCCGGGCAGCCAUGGCGAGCCUAGUGCACUGGUAUGCCCUGGCAUUCGAGGAUGUGGCUUCCUGGACAUUGGGUCCCAGUGCGAGCUACGAACUGGACACGGACCGCCUGGAUAGGGUUCUCAUGUCUACACCACCUGACUGUCCCAAGGCCCGCUCCUUAUUGAGUGCCGAGGCACUCAACGAGGAGCAGUACUUCGGGGCUGAGUAUGGGCGCCAGCAGCAGCGGAUCUCCUGCUGGGCAUGCUACCAGGCAGAAGUCGGCAACGAGACUCGGACGUAUGCGGCCUACCUCAAGCACUUCGUCCACCUGCCCGCAGAAGAUGGCGCUCAGGAUGUCCGCUUCACUGUCGCAGAUGUGUACUCGGGACAGGUGUUCAGCGGGGGGCUGGUGGUGGUCAACAUGGCGGCCGCCCAGACAGCGAGGGCAGGCAGCCAGUGGGAGAUGUGGCAGGACCUAGGGCUGCCGCUAAGCCACCUGAUUUGCCGCCUUAAGGCAAGCUUGUGUAUGGCCCUCUACAAGACGGGGGGCCCGGUCCAGGUGUAUGUCCUGGGUAUUAGGUGCAUUGUUGCAUGCCAAUAA